AUGGAACCCACGCACGCGUGGACUCCGGGCCCUGGCACCUCUCCCCGACACCCCUCCCCGUUUCACACUCUGGCGUCCUCAUCUCUGGAGAAGGGGGCUAAGUGGGAAGGCGGUGUCGGAUGCUCGGCGGGAGAGGGGGCCUCACUCCGGAGGCCGGGCGCGUGGGGGCUCCAGCACCUGCCCCUGUCGGCGAUCCUUGCAGCUCAGGCGUGGUCACAUGCUCCUUUCUGUCCGGGAAUCGAGUUUCACUUCCAGCCGCUAUUAGGCGGUUCACACGGUUCACUGCGAACAUUUGAUAAAGAGGCUAAAUAUACAUCGGAGGCGGAGGAGGCGUGGGCGGCGGUGCUGAGCGCGUGGGCGCGGCGCUCCAGGCUCCGCGGGGCAUCCCUGCCCAGGGCGGGAGGCCGGCUUGGACCCCCGACCAGUUCCCCGCCCCGCGUGCCCACCCCCCCCCGCCCGCCGCCACACACACACACAAAUCGGACCCCAGACCCGGACACGCGACCCGGGCAGGCAGCGGGCGCCCCCAGGCCAGCCAGAGGGCCCCUGGCGGAAGAAGGGGGCGCUGCGGGGAGCUCCGCGGGUGGCGGGGGGAGGUGCUGGUGGGCGGUGAAGGCGCACCUGGCUGCCCGGGUCGUCCGCUCGCCCCCGGAGCCGGUGCUUCCGGGCUAUCUCGGGCGUCCCCGGCGCGCCCCGACGUGCCGCGGACCUAUAAUUAAGUGGGAGUCAUGACUAAUAUCUACUGGGCACCUCGGUCCCUGAGUGACCCCUAGGAGUGGAGAGCUGCCCCACCUCCCAUUUGACAGAUACCAGGAAGUCAGGCGUUUGCCCACAGCGGCAGAACGCUGUCCCAGGCGGUCGCUCCUGGGCCGUGGCUGCUCUGGACGAGCUCUCCCAGCGCUCCAGAGGGGACCCUCAGGCCAGCUUGUCCUGCACCUCUCAGACAGGCAUGAAGGAUGAUGUGGCCACCUGGCAGUGAAGGCGCCAGGACUGGAGCCCACGUCCACCUGAUCCCCAGUCCCAAGGUGCUCUAGCUGCCCUCUGCCCCUUGACCUUGGCCUUGUUGGGGUGGUUUGUCCCUGCACUGCCUUGAGUCUGUUCUCUCAUCUGAAAAGUGGGGGCCGAUAACUUCACCAUGCAUGGCUGCCCCCCGCCAUUGAGCCUCCUGCCCAGGAAGGCAGCAGCCUUGCGCACACCUGCAGGGCCUGGUGCCCUGAGGCAAGGGCACAGCCGCCCAGCUGCCUUCAUCUGGGUGGUGCAGGUGGGGGCCAGCUGGGCAUCCAGACCCAGGCCUCCGCCUGGUGCCAGAGCAGAUUUCAGAACAACUUGUAAUGACGAAACAGCACAUUUCCCUUUAUCUCUGGGAAGGAUUUCUUGGUUCAGGGCAAUUAACCCAGGAGCAGCCUCAGCUGAGUGGGCACCUCUCCUUGAAGAUCGAAAGUGCCGGGCGGGUGUUAAUUAAGUCGUCAUCUCAGGCCGCCCCAGGCCCCGGCUCGGGAUCAGGCCUUUCCAGUCCAGCCUCCCCAGAAAGGGAGAUGAGCCAGCCAGCAGCCCAGGAGGGCAUUCUCAAUGUUGAUUUUAAAUCUCCAUUAAAUAUUUUUAUUUUCCUUUUUAAAUACACAAACAGCAAUGAAGUUUUAAAUAGCAUACGAGCCCGCAAUCGUUUUGUGGCUAUUUUGUGAAUGAAGACCCACGGGAAGGGGCACUGGGGAGGCUUCAGGAAGCGAGGCCAGAUCUGGACUGUCCAGGACAGGAGACACUAGCCACGCAAGGCCAUUGGGCAUUUGAAACAUGGCCGGUCUGAGCUGUGAUGUGCUGUUGUUCGUGUAAAACACACGCAGCCUCCAGGACUUGGUAUGAAAGUGAAGAGUGUAAAAUUUCUCGUUAAUAAUUUUUCCAUUAAUUACCUGUUGAAAUGAUAAGAUUUUGACAUAUUGAGUUCAGUAAACUGUAUGAUUGCAAUUAA